CUCCAUUGAGAUUUGCCCCUCGUCCCUUUGUAUAUUCUUUUUACGCAUACUAUACUUUCGUCCAACCAUCUGCAGAUGCUAUUUUCUUUACUCCUGCAAUAACUUUCCAUCACAAUAUAUCGCCUGCCAUGGCCAUGUCGUCAUCUGCCACCCAGCCUGCUGAGGCCCAGAAGCCUGAGGCCACCAACAACGUUUCUGCAGCCCCAAAGAAACGGAGAAGGAGAGCACCGGCUACGGGCGCGAGCGAAGAUUGCUUUGCAUGCAGGAAGCGUCAGGUAAAAUGUGACCGUCGUCGGCCGUACUGUGGACAAUGUAUUGAGAUGGGAAAAGACUGCUCUGGAUAUCGAACUACCUUGACCUGGGGAGUGGGAGUUGCGAGCCGUGGAAAGCUUCGAGGAUUGUCACUUCCGAUAGCCAAGUCACCUACGCAAAACAACACCAGCGCCCAAAACUCCAAGACACAGACUUCAACAGCUUCAGUCUCCACUACGACCAGCUCGACGCAGCCUGGCGCUGCCAAACUUGAAACUCGAGGCAGUAUUGAUUUUGGCGUUCACUCACCAACGAGCCCCACGAGCCCCAACAUGUACUCUGCCCCACAAGAAUACCUCCAUCUUGGUCCAACCAGUCCAAUACCAAUUCCUUCUCCCACCACACCAAUGGGUUUUCCAAUCCCCGGUUACGGGGAGCACGUGGAGGCAUAUCACCCGCAUUCAUCCAAAUUGAGGCGGCCUCACCUUCACAGGGGUCCACUACAAAGACUGCAUACUGCUCUAGCAGUCCCUUAUGAUGAGACGGGUUUAUCGGCAUCUGCUGGCUCUCUUAGCACCUAUAGCGACAGCGACUUCCCUUCUCCUAGCGAAUACCCGCAUACUCCUGAUGAUUUUCCUUUCGCGGAGUCCUCUCUUCCUCCUUAUCAUUCCCUUAUCUUUCACGAUCAUACGCCUAUGAGUUCGACCGAGAAUCUGCAUUACCAAGAGGCCCCACGCUCGUUCCCAAUCGCAGAUGACGUUAGCUCGAGUAUCAGCUCUGAUCAGAGCAUACAAGAUUAUGCUGAAGUCAAUUCAGGGCAGCAUGGCAUGCGGUCCUCGACUUUUUCUGAUGUGUUUAUGGAGGGGGAGAUGAAUGCAAAUGUUAAUGGGUUGCCUCAGCCAGGCUACGCCUAUUUACCCUCGGAGGGUAUGUCUUCCAUUGGUUCUGGUGCCCUAUCUUCAAACGAAUCCACGCUCACUGCUUCCAUUCCUCAGAGUCUCUUUCCCGCUUCGCACCUUUCCCCGCGGACGCUAUACCUGCUGGACUACUACGACAAAUUUAUAUGCCCGGUACUGGUAGCUUUUGACUCCCCGACGAAUCCGUAUCGGAUGCACGUGAUGCAUCUAGCGAUGAGAAGUGAGGGUUUACAGAACGCUAUUGCAGCCCUAGCGACGAAUAAUAUACGCAUGCGUGGUGGGAUCGAAGGCCGCCGACUCAGUGGCGCACAAGAUUUCCGACUCUUGCCCGAUCAUGCCUUUUCCCAGAUGACAGCGCAAGAAUUGCGGGAAAUGCACGGUCGGCCGUCCCACGAAGAGAAGCGCUACAAGGCAAAUUCAAUAGCCCUACUGAAUCGGCAGCUUGUGGAUCCGAAUGGCACUAAGGAUGAUGCCGUCCUCGCCACGCUUCUUAUUCUCUGUCUCUUUCACGUAUGCGAUUCUGGCUUCACAAAAUUUAAGACUCAGCUUGCGGGAGUGCAGAAACUGCUUAGUAUGCGCGACAGAAGCGUGCAGUCCAAUUUCGUCGGAUGGAUCGAGCUCUUUUUCACCUGGUUCGAUGUAAUGACCAGCACAGUCAACGAUCGCGAAACAGAAGUCCAAGGGGAUUCACUGGAUAUGACAAAUCUUACAGCAAAUUUGGGGGCCCUGGAGCAUCUAGCGGGGUGUGAGGGUCGUUUAUUCAAGCUCAUUGCCAGACUCGGCAGAUUGAACCUGCUAAGCCAAAACCGUCCAGUUCGGGAAAGCAAUACCACACCUCGCGCCACGCCACAGCCAAAACGGAAAAGGGAAUUCUACUCGUUUAAUUUCGAUAACAUCGACGGUAAUGGAUGGGGAACGCCAGUGCAUGAGCCUACGAGUCCGAUUACUCCGACUGCGGAUGACGCUCGUUCCCUAUUCUGGGCGGAGUGGACCGACAUUCGAACCCGAUUACGAGAGUGGGAAAUAGACCUGCGUCGUGGCGUGCAUGCCAACUCAUGUGGUGCAGUUUCAGCUUCACUUACCUUAUCUCCAGCGCAAGCGGCACUUCUUCACAUUAGUGAGAGCUUUCGGUAUGCUGCGCUCUUAUACACCGAGCGACUUGCCUGUCCAACACCUCCCUCUAGUGCGCUCAAUCUUCAGAACUUGGUCACGCAAGGUCUAUAUCACAUAUCUCAGAUCGGAGUCACGAGCUGUGUCAACAAGUUCCUCCUUUGGCCUCUAUUCAUCAUAGGAACCGAAUGUGUGGAUGCCGAACAUCGCGCCAUUGUGCGACAGAGAUGCGUCGAGAUCCAACGAGAAAGUGGGUUCUUCAACAACCUCAGCGGACUAGAAGUCUUGGAAAAGGUCUGGCAGGAAGACGACGAGAGGGGAGAGAGGGGUUGGGAAGCAGAGUAUAAUGGACUGGACUCGUUCGGUGGACAGCAACAGGCGUUUAGGUGGAGAAAAGCUAUGGAUCGUGUGGAUGGGGAGUAUAUUGUCAUCUAAUCGG